AUGGAUAUUAUCUAUUACUUCCGAAAACCAUUAGUUCUGCAAAAGAUUGAAACGGGAGUUCCAACGGGCGCUGUGGCCAGAAAAGGUCAAACCAGUUUCGAUACAUCGAUGGCUAUUAUAGAACGGGUUUCCACUGAAAUAGAAACCGAAGGCUUGAAUGAAACUCCGAUCCCUCCGGUCGUCGAGCACUCGAUCCCGACUCCCGUCACUUCUGUGAAGAAAAGACUUCCCAAACGUUUAGUCACCGGAUAUAUAGUGUUUGCGAGUGAAGUGAGAAAAUCUGUGGUUCAGGCGAACCCCGAGUGCUCUUUCGGAGACGUGAGUCGAAUAAUAGGCACCGAAUGGAAGAAUUUGCCGCCGAAUCAGAAGUCAGAGUACGAACAGAAGGCUCAGCGACAGAACGAGGCGACGGCUCAAGAAGUGGCCGCCGCCGAGAGUAUGCCUCACUCUCCCGCCUCCGCCAGCAGUUCAGUGAUUGAGAAUGCGGUCUAUGAGUGCCACUGGGAGAACAGAUGUGACUUCCAGUUCGAAGAAUCUUCAGAUCUCUUGGAUCACCUCAUAUCCGAACCUAAUGGACACGUUUGGCAAUCAUAUGGAGAGAACAAAGACAAAGAGGGAGCAGAAUUCCAGUGUCUUUUCCAUGGAUGCGGUCGUGUGAAAAAAGGGGCCGCGCCGUUUCCAAGCUUUCAGCGACUCGUGCGGCACUGCAAAGAGAUUCAUGUCUCGAAACAAACACCUAAAUCCAUUGCUCCGGAGAACAGAAAUAAAAAUUGUGUCCAAAGUCGCAAAACAGUGGCACCGGUGGCCUCUGCUGUAUUGACUGCCAGCACAUCGACAGUACAACAAUCUGCACCACAACUCACGAUAAGCCAUAACAAACUGCAGGCGCAUUCAAGCCCUUCCCCCGCACUUAGCAUAGCGGACAAUAGUUCAACAAUUAGUAUCAGUUCAUUACAUCCCACACUGUCUCAAGCGAUUGGCACUAAUCCCCAGUCGUCUCAUAUGCCUAUUUUAAGUCCGUUCUGGGCUGCAGGUACUGGAGUUCAAGUGAAACCCAUAGAACCGAUAUUCGUGGCGACCCCUCCCCGGACUAACCGAUUGCUUCACACACACACAUACAUGAAAUAUAUCGAGAAACUGAGCGCAGAGGGCAAAGACGGUCGCCAUAUAAGCAAUUGGGAAACACAGCUGACGGCCACUCAGGACAACACUCCGCCACAGGAUGUCAAUCGACUGCCCACUCAUUGGUUGGCUAACGGCGCCGGAAAUCACGGAAACGUAGUGAACGCGUUGUGGGCCCUCAGGAACUUCAUGACCAGAGAUGCUCUCAACCUGUCCUUCGCUAAUAACUAG